ACAGAGCUGCUGCCAGGAUGUGCACGGGGACCUGUUCCCGAGUGGUGGGGGCUGCCCUCUGGCCCUUGGCCCUCCUGGGCAUUGUGGCCAACAUCCUCCUGGCCUUUCCAGACUGGAAGACUGAAUACGUCCAUGGCUGGGGCAAACGCCUGACCCCUGAGGUCUUGUACCUGGGGGGUCUGGUAGGAGGCGGCGUCAUGGUCCUCGUGCCAGCGAUCCACAUCCAGGCAACUGGACGCCGUGGCUGCUGUGGAAACCGCUGCGGGAUGCUCCUGUCUGUGCUGUUUGCGGCGGUGGGAGUCCUGGGAGCGCUGUACGCCCUCACGGUCUCCAUGCUCGGCCUCGUCCAUGGGCCCUUUUGCCAGUACCUGAAUGGGACCCUGUUGGUGUGGGGCCGCCCCUUCGAGCACCACGAGGAGUCUUCCAGCCAGGAGAGCUACCUCUUUGACACGUCGCUGUGGGACACCUGCCUGGACCCUCCUGGAGUCACGCGCUUCAACGUGAUCCUCUUCUCCCUCAUUGGUUGUGCCAGCCUGGUGGAGCUUGGCCUCUGCUUCAUCCAGAUAUUCAACGGGCUCUUUGGGUGCCUCUGUGGGACCUGCAGGGAGGACAAGAUGAACGAGGAAAGGGCCCCGCAAACCUACAACUGAGCCCGUGGAGACCUGCUCCUCCUCUCAAGGCCUUGUUGCCCUGGUGCUCCUCUUGUGGUUGCGCACACACGCAGCGGCCUCAUCUCGAGAUAUGCCUUCAUUGCUCAGAAGAUUCUCCCCUAUCAGAGGAAGAAGCCUGAAAACUGCCGCCUCUGUACUAGCCCCCCCCCCAGGCAAAGCCACAGCAAUAAACCUCUUCCU